CUUUUACUCUCGACCUUUACUCUUGACUCUCGACCCUCGACUUUUAGAUACACUCAACGAGCCCUCCCAAUAAGCCCAUUCUCAAACAUGUGCAUGAAACAAAAAUGUCCCCAGUAUGUUAUGUAGUAUUUAAAACAUUAGCAGCAGUGUUUUAUCAGAUAUAAAGAUACGAGGCAAAGCCGAGUAUCUUUAGGUCUGAUAAAACACACACUGCAAAUGUUUUAAAUUGCUUCAAAAACGAUCGAUCUAGUAAGUUCACUGGCAAAGUAAUUUUCAAAAAUCUUUAUUUUAAAGUUUAUGUAAAUAAAGGGAAAUCUCUAUCACAUAUAAUGACAUGCUUAUGAUUUUUCUUUGUAUUUUCCUGAUGAAUUAUUAAUGAGUUUGUGAAUAUUAUUUUGAUGAUGGUAAUUUUAUUCUUACUAGGGUGGACUGCCCUGGGCAAGAGGGGCAGCAGCUGUCAUCAACUUUAAUUGCUUUUUAAUCCUUCUUCCUGUCUGCAGAAAUAUGUUGUCUUUUUUCCGAGGUCUUGAUGUAAGUUUAGUGAUUAGCAGGCUUCACUAGUUUGCAACAGGCGAUAUGAUUAACCUGCAAUUAUCACCGUGAGAAAAUUAAUUAUAUCUGAAGAUGAGAAGUAAGAUGAAAAAUAGACACUUGAAAAGUUAAUUAGCAACAAACUAAUAGCUUCCAAUUUCCAGACAAAGUGUCCAGACCUGCCAACCCUUGAGUAGCAGAAAUAGUGAGUUGCUAUCUAAAAAAUUGUGAGAUUGACUGAAAAAUCAUGAGAAAUUUUCAGGUUUGCUCAAUAUGACCACGGCUAACUUUAACAACACUAGAAAAUAAUCAAUAGAUAUUCAAUUUUAUGUCAUAGUAUGCAUUUAUAUUUUGUUAAUAUAACUGUAAAUGCAAGGCUUAUUAAAAAUAGACUGUUUUUUCUUUAUGGCUUUAGUAGUUUCCAUUGUACAAAAACAAGAAAACUACGAGUAAUAUUAGGACUAGCAGGACAAUUAAGUUAGCAGGACACGCCUUUUACAUUGUAACACAAACAUCACACAUACAAAUUUCUGGCAUUGUACAUUGCACAUUAUGAAUACACUAAUAAAGUGUGAUGUUUCCUUGGAAGAGUGUGCCUUAUUGUAACUAGAUGUUGCGCACCCAGCACCCUGCCAACAAAAAUGUAGACGCGACAGGGGCACUAUUAAUUUAUUAAACGGUACCCCUUCGGAACUUAAUUGUGAGAUUGUGAGAAAGCAUAAAAAAUGGUGAGUCUCACAAUUAAAUCGUGAGACUUGGCAGGUCUGAACUGUCUCUGCUUCAAAGUGUCUGUGUUCAUUAUGCAAAUUACUUCUGAAGUUGACGACAUGCCCAGUAACUAAAAACCACCAAUAACAUUGUAUAUUCAACUUAGUACUUCAAAUUUUUCAUUCCUUCAGUGUUGUGGUAUGGGUCAAAAUAUUCAACGUCUACUGGAUAAAAAUAUAAAAUUCCAUCGAUUCAUUGCAUAUGUUAUAUGUCUAUUCACAGGUUAGUUUUUAUUUUUUAUUAUAUUUGAAAAGACAGAGCCGAAUUUUACUAAAUGUAUUUGUUAGAUUCCAGGCUGUCAUGUAAGUCUUUCCAAGGGUGUAAUUCUUCAAUUUUAUUUUUUUCUAGUUAUUCAUAUAAGUGCACAUGUUUUCAAUUUUGAGAACUUAGUUCGAGCGUAUGAUGGCUCAUCCUUGCAACACAGUUUAAGCAUUAUGGACGAUAUUGGCAACAAGACAUAUAUCAAUCCUGUUCGAAAUCAAAAUUCUGUAAGUACAAUAAUAGACCAGAAUGCCUUAUUACAGUAAAGUAAAUAUUACAGUGGAACUUCCAUGCUUCUCUCAUCUCUGAGCUACUCUUGCUAAACAAGGGACAGCAAACUCCAUACCCAUCAUAUGAAAAUUCUUCAUCUAAAAUGUCCCAGCCAUUUUAUCCAAUUUUAUUCCCAGUGCUGCAGCUGUGUUUCCUAAAUGCAUUCUGAGUAUUCAGCUUCUCCACUGUUCAUUUUUUCCUUUGAUUUUAGGAUACACCAACAGAAGUUUUUCGUACGGGUUGGUAACAUGAUAGAUCAUUGGAAAUAUAAUAAUGCUACAUUCUUAGCUAAAUUCUUCUUUCGUUAUCAUUUUUCUCUCUCUAGUGGCUGGGGUUUCUGGAUUCCUUAUUACUAUUGCUUUGAUUUUAAUGGUAAGCCUUUUCAUUAAUUCUGACACAACAACAGAACAGAAAACGUGGGUUCUCUUAGACUGAGUAACUGGUGUUCCGAUUUUUUUAAUAAUAAAGGUGACAUCGUCAACAGAACUUUUAAGGUAAAUGAAGAUAUCAUCUCAACUUUUUUUUGGGAACAUGACUGAUUUUUUUUCAAAUGUCUACAACUGUUGUAUUUUUAGACGUUCUUAUUUUGAAGUGUUUUGGUACACACAUCAUCUGUUUAGUGUUUUCUUUGUCGGCCUGAUUGUUCAUGGCAUGCAGUAAGUUAAAGAUUUCAGUUUAUAAAAUGAUAACAUUUGUCAGCAAUAUUCUUGCAGUACUUAAUUAGUCUUAUCAAGUUAUGUACAAAACAAUUCUUGAAAUGUUUAGGGGUUUAUUACGGAGACAAACUAACACAAAUGAACAUGAUCCUGAAUUCUGUAAAGGAAUGAUUAAAGACAAAUGUCCUGUUCCAAAUUUUGAAUCAUCAGGACCGCAGGUAUGAUUAUUUGAUCUGGUGACUCACUGGAGGAUAGAGUGGAUCGAUAUCGCAAGUACCGAAUACCGAUAUACCGCCAUCAGAAUACCGGUAUUUUUAACGUGUUUUUUUUUAAGCCAAACUGAACUGCUGACCAUCGAGAAAAAUCAAGUUUUGACAAAAUAUUAAUGUGGCACAUACUGUUAUUAGUGCAAAUGUCACAAGAUUCGCAUUAUCAAGCUAUGUUAACGGCGCUAAGCAGCAAUUAUUAGUAGGCCGUCGAUUGGGCGUCGAAGUGUUGAAUCUGUGAGCAUUAACUUUGCUUUCUAAACGUGAUUGCAAGCAAGUUUGACUUGAAAUAGCAUUUCAAUUCGGUAUUAGGCAGCAAAAUACCGAAAUGUCGGUAUAUCGGUAUUUUUAAAUUGUCAAUAUCACCAAACCGGUAUCUAAACAAAUACCGGUCUACCGGAUAUAUCCGGUAUAUCGAUCCACUCUAGUGGAGGACUCAUUGUGUUGCUGUUUCUCAGUAAGCGUUAUGCUGUAACAAAUGCUGGCCACUUAUAGGAACAAAAAGAUUAAACUCUCAGUUCUAUUCAUUUACCACCAAAUACACAUUAUGAAAAAAUGAAACAUUAUUUUCUUACGUUUUAGACUUGGAAAUGGAUAGUUCUACCAUUAUCCUUGUACUUCAUCGAAAGGUGCAUUCGUUUUGUAAGAUCUCUACAAAAUGUCACAAUUACAAAGGUAACUUUUUUUAUUGGAACUUACGGGUAAAUACAGCUUCGAGGAAUAUGUUACAUAUACAUGUAUUUCAUUGUUUUCAAAAGGUUAUUAAUCAUCCAUCCAAUGUAAUAGAAAUUGAAAUGAAGAAACCUGGCUUCUCUUAUUGUGCUGGUCAGGUAAGAACUUACAAUUGUUCAAACAAGUCGUUUCAAUAGCUGCAUCAUGUUUUCAUGCAGUGAUAAUAAACAUGUUAACCACGUAUGCUUGUGUCAAUUGCUGUCUUUUUGGUCUCUUUAUUUCCUAGUAUGUGUUCCUACAAUGUCCGAAAAUAUCCAAAUUGGAAUGGCAUCCUUUCACUCUGACUUCGGUGAGAACCUUUGAGGAAAUGGAAUAUUGAUGAAGGACAUGACAUGACAUGACAUGACUAUGUUACAUUUAAUAGUUUUGUUUGUGGAAACACCACGUAAAUUUAUUACUGCAGUAAUAAAUUUACGUGGUGUUUCCACAAACAAAACUGUUAUAUUUUAUCACCAUGCAAACAUACAAAGAACUUAUGUAACAUUUGUUUUAGAGUCCAGAAGAAGAGACAUUUAGUGUUCACAUUCGCACAGUUGGAGACUGGACAAGUUUGUAAUAACAUUCCUGUUUUGGUUGUUGUUGCUGUUGUAUGUUGUAUGUUGUCGUUAUCGUCGUCGUCGUCGUUGUCAUCGUCGUCGUUGUUGUUGUCGUUGUUGUUGUUGUUGUUGUUGUUGUUGUUGUUGUUGUUGCUGUUGUUGUUGCUGUUGUUGCUGUUGUUGUUGCUGUUGUUGUUGUUGUUGGUUUCUGCGCCUAGAUGCGCUAAUAGUUGAUAUCCAAUCAUUUUCCUAACAGCUGCACUUUCAAAAGCUUGUACUGGUGAUGGAAUGGAAGUGAGAGAUCUGAACGAGAUACCAAGGUUUGUCAUGUGGUGUUAGCCAUGUGCCGUUUUCUUAGAGUGCCUUUAUCACACAUUAAUAGUAUAUUUUGAUCUGCUCGAAUGAUCAUUUAUAUUAUUGAAUCUCUCGUUUAAAUUUUAUUGACAUUGUUUUAUAGUAUCUCUGUUGACGGACCGUUCGGGACAUCUAGCUCUGUAAGUAAAUCUGGCGGACGUAUGUACUCACACAUGCAUGCAUUUAAUUUAAAUUUGUAACGACUUUUCUCCCGUAGGAUUAUUUCAAAUAUUCUACAUGUGUGUUUAUUGGAGCUGGAAUUGGCGUCACUCCAUUCGCGUCUAUUUUAAAAUCAAUAUGGUAAGGAUUAAUUCAUACCUUAAUUCAUGGCGCAAAUGUAUAUACAUGUACUGUACAGACUACAGUAGAUGAUCCGGCAUUUGGACGAUUGUGAGCAAAGGAAAGAUAGUUUGUCUGGUAAUCUGCAGUUGUAGUUUGCCUCAUUUUUUUAAGGAAUCGUCAUGAACAUUCUUGUGCGUCGCUUCAAAUUAAGAAAGUUUAUUUCUACUGGAUUUGUCCGGAUACCAACGCAUUUGAAUGGUUUGCACAAUUACUAGAGAGUCUUGAAACACAGGUACAAGUGAAGAAAUUACUGUAGAUGGUCUGUGUCUGAACUAGCUCUAAGAUUAAUCAAGUAGAAAAAUACAAGGAGAACUUCGAUGUUUUGAGUGAACGCCCUGUGGCUACUAACUACCCGACGAAGGGCCUGGGCUUGAAACGUUAAAGUUCUCCUUGUAGUUUUCAGGAAGUUGUAUCCCCAUCAAUCCCUGACUUUCUUAUGAUUGCCACUACAUACACUGGGACAGAAUGUUGAAGAUUUAAUCAAGUAGAAUGCUAGCUCAUGCAUCAUAUUGAAUUGAUUUUCAGAUGGCUGAAAAAGGGAAUCGCGGUUUUUUACAAUACAACAUUUUCCUAACUCGUGGCUGGAGUAAAGAAGAGGUAUGAUUCACGUGAUCAACAUAUCACUAAACUGCAAACUGAAAUUUAUCAUUUAGGUAUGAGUCACGUGAUCAACAUAUCACAAAACUGCAAACUGAAAUGUAUCAUUUAGGUAUGAGUCACGUGAUCAACAUAUUACAAAACUGAAACUGAAAUGUAUCAUUUAGGCACGAAAUAUAAUGGUCCGUGACGAAACACAAAAUGUCGAUGUAAUCACAGGUUUAAAACAGAAAACUCACUUUGGUCGACCAGAAUGGACAAACAUCUUUAAAAAUAUUGCGAAUGAUAAUCCCAGGUUAGAUUGUUUGUUUGUUUGCUUGCCGAAGUUUUCAAUUUCAGGCUUGGUCUUUUCAGGCUCGGUGGGCUUGGUGUUUUCAGGCUCGAUAUUCUCAGGCUCGAUAUUCUCAGGCUCGAUAUUUUCAGGCUCGAUAUUCUCAGGCUCGAUAUUCUCAGGCUUGAUAUUCUCAGGCUCGAUAUUUUCAGGCUCGAUAUUCUCAGACUCGAUCUUCUCAGGCUCGAUGUUUUCAGGCUCGAUGUUUUCAGGCUCGAUAUUUUCAGGCUUGGUCUUUUCAGGCUCGGUGGGCUUGGUGUUUUCAGGCUCGAUAUUCUCAGGCUCGAUAUUCUCAGGCUCGAUAUUUUCAGGCUUAGAUUCCAGUCAUUCCACUGUCAAAUGUGGACCUGUUAUUGAAACUCAUGCUCACAGGAAUUUUUUCUUGUUCUUUGUAGUGCUGAUGUUGGUGUAUUUUUCUGUGGUCCUCCAACACUAUCCCACACGCUGCAUACUCUGUGUGAUCAAUAUAGUACAUUACAGGAAGGAGUGAAGUUCUAUUAUAAUAAGGAAAAUUUCUGAAUCUGCCAUAUAAUGAACAUUUUUAUUGUGGCAAAUCGCGCUGAGUAUUGCUGGCUUUCAGUAAGUGUUACGAGCCAGCUGAUGCCGCUCAACUUGAGAAAUGUUCACACGUAUAGGAGAAAGAAAAUUACAAAAUACUUUUGCCACUGGCAGACAGUGCCAUACACCUCUCUACGUGAUGCAGGAAGACAAGUCCGUCGCCAAAGAUCGAAUCGUAGUAUGCUGACUCAUAGUAUAAUUAUAUAUAUAACUGGAUACAUACUGUAAGUUCCUUAUUUCGAGAGAGACUUCCUUGCAUUUAUAAUUGCGUCGUUACAAAAAGUCUCGCAGCUAAAAAUCUUUGUUUAGUUGUUUCAAGUUUUGAAUUUCAAGCCACCAGACGGAGUAGUUUGGUUUUGUCGUCAUAGCUAUGUCAGCACCCCGCUAUGCAAUUCAAUACACCCUGAUACACCCUACGGCAAUUACGUCACAAACCUCACACGCACAACAGUCAGCAUAUAUAGAGCUCAAAGCAGAUUGAAUAUGAAAAUUCAAAUCCAUAUCAACCGCAUGAGAUAUUACAACAUCUGAUGGCUCAGUGUUGCAACUCUAUUUCAGAGCCAUCAUCAGAUUGAUCAGAGGAAUAUAUAUGUGUCAUGUUCCCAUACAAACAGUAUCACAUCAUCAAUAGAAUAUAAUACCGUGAUUUCUAAUUUUCUAUAUGGCCAAAAAGAAAAUAUAAUGAAAAGUGAAAGCUGUCAUGAUGACUAAACAUAAAUUUGAACUUUGAUAUUGAUUGAUAUUCUGACAAAUGAUGAGUAGACAAAUUCCUUGUUUGAACUUGCUUAUUUGGUUUAAAUAAAAUUACAUGCACAAAUAAAGGGCAAGACUUCUAUAUUUUUCCUGUUACUGACAAAAAAUCUUUGAAUUUUAGUCGCCAUGACGCAAAAUAAAGCAUUUUCGUCCACGCAAUAUAAGCUGACACGGAAAUGACACAACAUAGCAACCAUUUGGCUGAUUAUGCUAAAUUUGCUGAAAAUGAGCUCAUGGUAGUGAAGUGGUAAGAAUCUAGACUUUGAUCAGAUCGUAUCGUCGGCCUGUCUCCAUUAAAAACAGUAUAUUUAUAAGAAAGCCGGUACAAAACGUUACAUUUACUCAAAUAUGACUAAUGAAAUGCUUAUUUUUAUAAAUUGGUAAAAAUAUUGA